CAACAUUUCUGACUGCUUGUGCCUAAGUCUAAAAUGAAACCCAUUGCAUUGAUAAUUCCGCUAUUUGUACCCAUUUGUUGUAUACAAAUUAAGGAGAAUUUUCCAAAUGUAAAGGUUCUUGAUACUAGCAACCAAUUAUCUGCCAGAAAUAAAAGAUCGCUAGUGUGGAAAGAGGGUGUUAACUGGGUAGCUCUGAUCUUUGGCAUAGGAAUACCGUUUGAAGUAGAUGAGCACAGUAUAAACAUGGGCAUGGUAAUGAAAGCAUACUAUCAAUUGCCAAACAACAGUACCUACUAUACUCAUCCAACGAUCAACUUUGAGCGCGGAAAACGAUCUAAUUCGCGAUGGAACAUUUAUAAACUUCUUCAAAACUUUAUUGAACGCAAUAAUUACAGCGAUGGAAAAGCUUGCUUAUUGAAAUCUAUUUGCGAAGUGGCUGCUGUUAGACUAGAAGAGCGAUCGGGAUUAUUAGCAGAAAUAGUUCAUACUGUAUUAACGCCUUCGACUACAGAGGAGGAAUUAGCAGAUUCCAACAAUUAUGAAUAUCACGCCGCAGAGAAACUUGGCAAAGAAUUCCGAGAUUGUAACAGAAUUUUUCCAGAUUGCGAUGUGAGCCCGUUAGAGAAGUUUUCAAGAUUUAUGCGAAUUAGUAAAAUUAUGUAUUAGUUCAAAUUUACUUUGAUUCAAUAUAUUUCCAUUGAACCACUUUUU